AUGACAGAUGAAGAAUCAUCUUCAAUAAGGAUUGAGCAACCAUCAUUAAAAAAAUGUACUUUCUACUCAUAUUUUCGACGUAUAUUCGUUCUUGAUAAUGUACCAAAUCAAAAACAUCAUUAUCCAAUAUUUAUUAUCAUAAUGAGUAUCCUACAUAUUGUCAUUUAUCUACUUACAUAUACUGAUCACAUUCAAGAUGGUCAUAGCUUCAUAUCAGUCUUAUAUCGUCUUGGUCGAUUAUAUAUACCAUGUAUGCGUCCAACAGAACAAAAUAUUCGCAUGCAUAGUGUAUAUUGUAAACCAUAUAUAAAACGUGAUAUAUGUUAUUAUGACGAGUUACUCAAAUAUGAAUGUUUUUCUUUUGCCUAUCCACAUCAAGUAUGGCGAAUGAUAACUGUUAGUUUUCUUCAUAUAAAUUGGCUUCAUCUAAUAAGUAAUCUUUCAGCACAACUCAUACAAGGUAUUCCACUUGAAUGCAAGUAUGGUACACGUUACAUUCUUGUUAUUUACUUGGUAUCAGGAGUAGGAUCUAGCUUGCUUGGUAUGUACAGAUUAGGCGACAAAGGUAAGUAA